UGGAGCAUUAUCAUCAGUGACUGGCGGUUCAUAGUUCAGGCUUUGGCUUACCACUACAUCACUAAAAGGCAGCCAUGUACCACAUAGAGCUCCCAUUAUUUUGUUAGGAGGCAAAGGAGACGAUACAGGCCACGAGGGGGGAAACCUUUUGAUCCGCAGCAGCGAUGAUUCACCUGCUUAUUCAAAGGAGAGCCUUCAGCAGAUGAUUGAAGUUUAAUAUGCACUAACGCCGAAUCUCAUCACACACACGCACACACACGUAACACACACACACACACACGCACUGGAGCUCCGCCACAGCCUGCAGCUGCAUUGACCGUAAACAGAGCAAGGUAGCGCAUGGGCAGCCAGCAGGGAAUUAUUCCACAUCGCAUCACAUCACUGAGCAUACAUGGCGUCCUCACACACCGAGCCAUGAAUUUAGUGUGCAGGCUGACCGGGUAGCCGCCAAUUUUUUUUAAAUUUAUUUUUUAUUUUUUAUUUUGCAGCCAUCAUUCUUUGCGUCGGUGUGCAGCAGCAGCAGCAGCAGCAGCAGCGGGGGGAAAAUUCAGCGCACAUUGCUACAGUAGGUAUCAUUUUUCUGGAUCAAGACGAUGGAUGUGGGCUCAUCCGGAUCUAUUCCUGCAAAUACGGCGGACGGGCGCGAUUUUCUAUUCCAAACGCAUCCGCAUCUUCCGUAUGUUGCAAGGUGUCUUUGAAAAAAGGGUACACGGACCUCUGGAGGAAAUGAGAAGAAAGGGCUAUUUUGACUCACGCCUGUCGAGAUGGAGGCGUCACUGAGAAGACCUGUACGUUCAAGAUCAAGCACACCUCAUUAGAUCAUUAAGGAUCAUUGUUAACCUGCGUCGAGAGCGAAAGGAGCAUCUCUUGGCCGUGACCUGCAAUUUUUUUUGUUUGUCUAUGAGCCCUGAAUCACAAAGAAGAUUGAUCCUAACAUCGACCUAAUGUAGGAACUGCUCCCUCCGACUCCUGCGACCUCGACUCUUGCUUGGAUUUCAGCAUUCAGUCAAAUCCACCAGGACAGAGUAUGCCAUCUGCACCUUUUCACAGAAUCCUACGACCCCUUCUGCUCGGCACUUUCAUACUGGGAUGCUUUGUGACUCUGUUUUUGAUGUAUUUUAAACCAUCCACCAGCUGGUUAUCGGGUCCCGUAGAGUCGACAGUAUCCACAGACCGGGUCAAGAACCUCUUCUCCACCAAGAGCGAUAAAAACGUGACGACCGUGCUGAUCUGGCUCUGGCCCUUCGGACAAACCUACGACCUGAGCGUGUGCAGCUCUCUCUUUAACAUCGAUGGCUGUUUCAUCACAGCGGACAGGAACCUCUACAACAAGUCGGAUGGAGUCGUCAUCCAUCACCGAGACAUCUGCACUGACCUGUCCAACCUGCCGCCGCUCCAGCGACCAUCCUUCCAGAAGUGGAUAUGGAUGAACUUGGAGUCGCCGUCGCACUCCUCCCAGCUGCCUGGGAUCGAGAACCUGUUCAAUCUGACUCUCAACUACCGUCAGGAUGCUGACAUUGAAGUGCCUUAUGGGUCCAUUGUAGCAGCGGAGGGCGAGGAGGACUUCGUCCCACCCAGCAAGAACAAGCUGAUCUGCUGGAUUGUGAGCAACUGGAACCAGGACCACGUGCGGGUGAAAUACUACAAUGAGCUGUACAAACACAUUGAGGUUCACGCGUACGGACAAGCCUUCGGGGAGUACAUCUCUGACCAAGACUACUUCCCCACCAUCGCCAGCUGCAAGUUCUACCUGGCUUUCGAGAACUCCAUCCACAAGGACUACAUUACUGAGAAACUCUACAACCCGCUCUCUGUGGGGACAGUGCCAGUGGUUCUCGGCCCGCCGAGGCAGAACUAUGAGAACUUUAUCCAGGGAGACGCCUUCAUCCACGUGGACGACUUCACCUCGCCCAAGGAGCUGGCCGAUUACCUGCUGCUCUUGGACAAGAACGAGGAAAUGUACCUCAGGUACUUUGAGUGGAGGCGGCACUUUAAAGUAAAGAAGGCCUAUUUCUGGGCAGAGCACACAUGCCUGGCUUGUGAUUACCUGCGUAGGCACAAGGAGUACAAGGCAUUCAAUAACCUUGACAAGUGGUACUGGGGCGGAUAGUGCUUUGAAGGGCUAUGCAGUGCUUGUUUUGUUGUUAAAGGCCGUGCUUUAAGAUUUUUGUCCUUUGGUUAACAUGAAGGUUCAUUACUGUUCUGUCCAGAGCUCCCGAAUGAUGUUUUCUAUUGGUUCAGUGGCCCAGUGAGACAUCCAUCUUGUUUUAUUUUAAUCUGCAAGCCAAUUCUGCCAAGCCUUACUUUGCCUUUUGUGUUUUAUUUUUCAUUUACUAUUUAUUUUCAAUGAAUUGCAAAUGCACUACAUUUGUUAUUAUUUCCAUGUUUUGCUUAACAUGACGACAUUUGCUGCUAUUUUUUUUUUAUGUUUUUGUGCUAUUAUUAGUGUGAAUGCUUGAUUGUAUGGAUGUUCCUGUAUAACAGAUAACAUUCAUGAUGCAAGGCUGAUUUUUUCUCUCUCAAAAUUUUACCUUUUCAUGAAGCGGACAUCAGAAUAGUGUUGGCUGCAGAUGGAGACUGACAUAAAAAGUGCAAAUAUUUAUGUAAUAUUUAUUCAAGUGAGGCAUUAUAUGAUAAAAAAAACAACAAUCUCAUCUGUGCUAGUGAUGCAGUCACCUAUGCAGUGUUUACUGAACUCAAAAAGUGAAAGUAGUUCAAUUGUGUCAUGUACAUAUUGUGUAUUUUUGGAAUUAUGUAGCUGUCAUUUUUUUCCAUACUUUUUAUUUGUUGUAAAUUUGCAUUUGCACUGCAGCUGUGACCGAUCUUUACAUAUGUACAGCAGGACGGACGGACAUCAUGUUAAUGCAGUCGUAGAUGGCAUAUUGUGAUCAUUACCCUGGUAGUCUCCGACAGCAGAUGUGACUCUGCUCUGUGAGAGGGAGGUUACUAUUUUAAUCAUGUUGUGAAUUGUUCAUUGUCACAUGUGAUGUGUCACAGUGCAGUGGGAUCCCGUGUGGACGAUGAUAGUACAGUACAGAGCUGCUGUACUGCAAUAUGAAACUCCUAGACACCUCAUUAUGUUGCACUCUGAUUUGAUAUGUAGUUUUUAAUUGAAUCCAGGGAAGGGAAAGAGCACAAAAUGCACAAAUUUACUGACGUUACUUUGCUGUGCGUACUGUACUGUCAUCCCACAAUGUGACAUUUAAUAUUUACACUGAUAUUUUCAACCAUUUCAAGCAGAUAUUAACAUGCAGGUGAAGUGGGUGUGAAUAAGAGAUCUGCCCACAUGUUUGGGACCUGUGAAAGAUGAGAAAAGUUCACAAUUACUGCAAGACUAUCCAUAUUUCUGUCUUUGAAUCAUCACAGUGUUGUUUUGGGAGUAAGAGGUUGCAUGUGAAAGACAUUUUCUUUUAUUAUUACACUCCUGUUUACAACCUACACCACUCAAGAUCACACAACGAAAAGCAUCAGCAUCUGUAGAUAUCACGUUUAAAUGUUGUCAGAACAGCAAAUCCACUGAACAAUGCAUCUCAACAGCACUCAGCAGCUAUUGACAUGACGGUUAAGUUUUUAACAGAACGAACUGUGCAAAACCAAGUCAACAUUUUAUGCAAGAUGAGCCGGCGUCUUCUUGGUCAGAGUACUCAAAAACAUGUUUCAGGUUAUUAUCAUUUUGAUAUUUCUUCACUGUCAAGGGGACCAUUGAUGUAAAUUAGGAUGAAGUCAAUUAUUUUUCUUAUGGAAUAUGGUUCCAAAUGCCAUAUAGUGAAACCUGUAUAUAAACCUCGUAGUGAACUGAAUCAUCACCUGGACCCAACCAACUAACACAGAUCAUUCCUGUACCAGACGGAGGGAGCUCCAGCAGUGUCUGCAUUCAUGGGGAAAAGAAACUUGUAUAUAUUUUUAAUGUUCAAAUCUCUUUAUAACAUGCAAGUGUUGUCGGGCAGUGAGUUAAAAGCGCUGCACCUUUGUAGGUAACGUUGGUGCUUCAAAAGGCUGUGAAUCAAGGCGAAGAGAGAGCGACACUUGAAAAGGAUAACCAGCUUCAGAGACAAUGGUUUUAGUGUUGUGAGGUGGACGUUUUCAUCAAGGGAGGCGAUUUUACACUUUUAUUUUUUAUUAUUAUUAGCUGGUAAUCUUGUUGGCAUGACCUGAUUGAAAAAGUCGUGCCAAAAUGCAGCAGAGAUAUAGCACUUUUAUUCAUGUGGAGUUGUGUGACUCACUGUGCUGGUGGCUGUCUUUAGAUGGAGCUAUUGUGAGUACAGAAACUGUCAUCAAAGACCUCGGCUGUCCCACUGAUUAACUAUGAAACUGCCACUCAUGGUUUCAUAAUGUACAGUCCAUGUAUGAAUACAAUGGUUUCUUGUCAAAUGUGGUUGGUGACUUUAAGGAACAAAAGUUGUUUUAUUUUCUUCGUGUUGUCCGUCUCUUUCACCCUCUCUCAUUCCCUUUCUCUCUUUUUUGCACAAAAACAAACACGGGGAGCCGUGGCUUCUCUGCCCAACACCCCCACCCCCUGUCUGAGUCUGUGAGUGUGUCACAGCACCAGAGAGUGAAUCAAGAUGUCUCUGGAUACUGUCUGACCUGGCACUGAUUUCGCCAGGGUUACUUAAAAACACUGUAUACCAAGUGGGAUGAAAUCUUUGUGUGUGGUUGAACAUGACGAUUUCUCCAGAAAUGCUCAUUUUCUGCCAGUUUCACUGAAAUGAUCAGUGAGUCAAUCAGUACAAGUUUUUUGCCAAAUCAUUGUAUUUUGCCAAAUGUUGUGUUUUAACUGUAGAUGUCUGAUAGUGUCAAAGAAAAUAAAGAUAUGGACAA